CCCACACCACCACUGCUCCAUGCCUCCAUCAACAAGUUGAUCACGUACUACUACACCUACAGAUAGCAGAGCACUCCUAAGAGUAAAAGCUUGUUAUAUCGUCGCAACUGAUAAUGGCUUGUGAGUUCAAGUGGUCUCCUCUGCUCCCCAUUCUCCUCCUGGCCGGCAUGGCUGGCGUCUCCCGUGCGGGCAACAUCGCCGUGUACUGGGGCCAGAAUGUCGGCGAGGGCACCCUGGCGGAGGCCUGCAACUCGGGCUACGCGUACGUGAUUGUCGCCUUCCUCAGCACCUUCGGCAACGGGCAGGCCCCGGCCCUCAACCUGGCGGGGCACUGCGACCAGAACUCCGGCACCUGCGCCCGCUUCAGCUCCGAAAUCACCGCGUGCCAGGCCAACGGCGUCAAGGUGCUCCUCUCCAUCGGCGGCGGAUCAGGCGGCUACGGCCUCUCCUCCACGGAGGAAGCCCAGAGCCUGGCCACAUACCUCUGGGACAGCUUCCUCGGCGGCAGCGGCACCCGCCCGCUGGGCGACGCCGUCCUGGACGGCAUCGACUUCGACAUCGAGACGGGCAACCAGGCGCACUACGACGAGCUGGCCACGUUCCUGUCGCAGUUAGGAGCUCAGGGGGGCAAGAAGAUGUACCUGACGGCGGCGCCGCAGUGCCCUUACCCGGACGCGUCGCUGGACCGGGCGCUGCAGACGGGGCUGUUCGACAACGUGUGGGUGCAGUUCUACAACAACCCGCCGUGCCAGUACACCAGCGGCAGCGGGGACGCCAGCAGCCUGCUGAGCGCGUGGAACACGUGGACGAGCAGCGUCAAGGUGUCCGGGAGCUUCUACCUCGGCGUGCCGGCAUCCAAGGACGCUGCCCCGAGCGGCGGGUACGUGCCGCCAGGGGAACUGACGUCGACCGUGCUCCCUGGCGUGAAGGGUGCGGGCAACUACGGCGGGAUCAUGGUGUGGGACCGCUUCAACGACGUGCAGUACAGCUACAGCAGCCAGGUCAAGGACAGCGUCUGAUCACCCUCGAUCGGGACUGAUCAAAACGUCCGCCGCUCGUUUGCAUCGGUUUCUUAAUUCUACAUUUGCUAUAUAGAUUUUGAAAUUUCACUAGACGAUAGGUAUUCAAUAAGAGCGCGCGGGCCGGGGCGUGCAAAGAUAAGUUCAUAUGCAUCCAUUGUGUACCGGCACAACAAUUGUGCUGAGAUAAAUAAACGGAUCUACCAUCACAGUUCA